AUGGAGGUUGAUGUGCGUUGUCCUAUGUGUGGUGAAUGUUGUGAGAGUACGCUGCACAUGUUGGUGCAUUGUGAAGAUGCAAGGUUUAUUUGGUACACUUCCCCUUUGCGUUUGGAGGUGGGAAAUUAUGUAGGGGAUAGCUUUCGAGAGUGGUGCUGCUCGGUGAGAGUGAAGUACAAAGACCCGGGUUGGGGGUGUAUUUUCUGGUGCAUUGCUUGGGGAGUUUGGCUUCGUCGAAAUAGAUGGGCUUUUGAUAGGAAAAGGCUUGAUAAAAUCAAAGUGAUUCGCAAAGCUGUAGGUAUGGUGGGUGAGUUCGAACACGCCAAAGAAGUAUGCAAUACUAAUCCUUCUCCUCCAACAUUUGAGUGUGUGUGGAAACCCCCCCUGGCUGGGAUAAUCAAAAUCAAUUCCGAUGCUGCAGUUUUUUCUCCUAGUGGGGUGGGCUUGGAAGGUGUUAUGCGUGACUCAGUCGGGGAUGUGGUUGCUUCUACUUGUAGUAAAAUUGAUGGCUGUUUUGAUGUGGAUGUGGUGGAGGCCUUAGCGAUGAUGCGCCAUUCGUUAUAUAUUGCAAUGGAGGCUGGGUUUAGGUGUGUUAGCUUGGAAACGGAUUGCUUGAAGCUGCACAACCAUCUUGUGAAAGGUUUGACUACCCCUACGACUUUUGGGGUGAUUGUUAAUGAUAUGUUGAAGCUUGCUCAAUUGUGUCAGAGUUGCUGUUAUUCUUUUGUGAAGAGAGGUGGGAACAAAGUUGCUCAUGCCCUUGCUAAGUGUAGUAUCAAUUUUGUUGGCUUUCGUGUUUGGAUGGAGAAAUUUCCUCCUGAUGUAACUGAAUUUGUGGUGGCUGAUUUGAGCCUCAUGGUUUGA